CUUCCGACUUCCGCCCAAACGUGAAGCUAGUUACCAAAAUAGAUUCCUGGCGCACUUCUUCCAAGCUUUUGCUGCUGCGUGUUUUCUUCAAGGGAAAAGUUAACAAGCCUGGGCGGAGAGUUGCUCUUUCCCCGCCCCGUUGAGGACCUCUCGCGAGGUUUAAUCCUGUCUUGUCUCCGAGGCCUAUUUGUGGCAUCUCUACGCUGUAGCAAGGAAAAGACGCGUAAUCGGCCCGCGUCUGCUUUUCCUACCGGGGAACGAGCAAGCGACGCUUUUCCUUCCUUCCUAACUGGAACUAGCAAGGCUUCCUACGCGGGCGGACAGGGAGGGGCAGAUCACUGGCUGGUCAUCGUCAGCACUGUGAGGGCAUUAUGCUGGAGACGGUAGUAGAAUUCUGGACUGUACCACUUCAGGCUGCAGGCUGCCAGCCACGCCAGUGUCCACCUGAUGGAGAAUGUGGCCUGUGACCUACCUGCUGGGGCAGUGGCAGCUGUAUUGAAACGCAGUGAGGGACUACCUGAAGGGAGCCUGACUGUGCGUGGCUAUGACUUUGACCGUGGGUUAGACUAUCAUGCCUUGCUCCAGUCUUACCUCACCACAGGUUUCCAGGCUACCAGCUUUGGGCAGGCUGUGAAUGAGAUCAAUCGCAUGAUAGAAGCAAAGCUAACACCACUUGCUGAGGAUGAAGGCAACCAUGCUGACCUGAAUCCCUGUUCCCACCACCUAACAGGCUGUACAAUCUUCUUGGGCUUCACUUCCAACCUCAUCAGCUCAGGUGUCCGUGAGACCAUCCGCUACCUGGUGCAACACAACAUGGUGGAUGUGCUGGUGACCACAGCAGGUGGUGUGGAGGAAGAUCUGAUCAAAUGUUUGGCACCCACUUUCAUUGGAGAUUUCAGCUUGUGUGGGAAGGAACUACGGCAGAAUGGGAUUAACAGGAUUGGGAAUCUGCUGGUGCCCAAUGACAAUUACUGCAAGUUUGAGGACUGGCUGAUGCCAAUCCUGGACCAGAUGGUGACAGAGCAGGACACGGAGGGUGUGAAGUGGACUCCAUCAAAGCUCAUUGCUCGACUUGGCAAGGAAAUCAACAAUCCUGAAUCAGUCUAUUACUGGGCACAAAAGAACAGCAUCCCUGUGCUGAGUCCAGCAUUGACUGAUGGCUCCCUGGGGGACAUGAUUUUCUUCCACUCCUACAAGAAACCAGGCCUUGUACUGGACAUUGUGGAAGAUCUCAGGCUUGUCAAUACCCAGGCCAUCUUUGCCCGGAAAACAGGAAUGAUAAUCUUGGGUGGAGGACUUGUCAAACACCACAUUGCCAAUGCCAACCUCAUGAGAAAUGGCGCUGACUUCUCUGUAUACAUCAACACAGCACAGGAGUUUGAUGGUUCAGACUCAGGAGCUCGGCCUGAUGAGGCAGUGUCCUGGGGAAAGAUCCGCAUGGAUGCCAAGCCCAUCAAGGUUUAUGCUGAUGCAUCCCUGGUUUUCCCACUGGUAGUUGCACAGACCUUUGCACAGAAACCAAAUGCUUUUGCUCCAGAGAAGAAAAAUGACUAAGCCAGGGACUUCUACAUAAGGCAUCUUGGUUAUUAGGAACCGCCUAUCUCUGUCCUGCGUAGCACUGCAGCUGCAGGCACCUGCACUGAAACAGUUUUGCAGUAUCUAUUUGGAUGAGUGUAACAGAGUUGAACCAUUAGCACAACAUCAUUCUUCAUGCUGAGUAGAAGCUGUGCUCCACUCUUACGCUUAGGUGUUUGUUGUCCAUGUAAUCUCAACCCAACCUUCUAAUAAGCCGGUAGAGAUGAUAGAUUCUUACGGCUUUUCCCUCUUGUAUCUCCUAUACGAAAACAUGGUAGCAUUUGGGACCCAAGGCACUUGGUAAUGCCUUUGGCUCUGCUGCAUACUGCUUCUAGGAUAGUGGCAUGGUCCUUGGAUUCUGAAGUUAGCUUUUUUUCUCCUUAUAACAACUGACCCAGACCACACCUCUCUGUUCAUGGCCUGCCUUCCACCACCGCCAUUCCCAGCUUUCAUUUUAAUUCUUGGAUUUUCUUCUCAGUCCCUUUUAUCUAUUUUAUGUGGUGUGCAUCCGUGAGGAAUUUUCCUAAGAUCCCUAGCCUCCUAAUAAACCACUGUGGUCUUUAAAUGUGUGUGUCUUUCUGUUUUUGCUGGAAUUGGCAUUCUCUGCCCAGAACCAACUAUUCAGGACCUGCUCUUCUGUGGGCCUUUCUCUGUAUACUGUUCACGUUUUUGUUUCUGGGAAGAGCAACGCUGGGAACAGUUGAAUUUGUAUUAAAAAUUAUAUAAUACACUU